AUGGACCCUCUUUCGAUUGCCGCGUUUACGCUUCAGAUGGCCAGCAUAGCCGGCAAGAUCAUCGAGGGCACCGGCAAGUUCGUUGCAGAAGCCAGAGCGGUCCGUUCGAACAUCGACGAGUUCAAAGACACCAUCAGUAACCUACACGCUGCUCUACAUAACGUAGCCCGAACUUUCAAACAGCACCCACACCAGCUUCCCUUCGAGAGAGAGCACCAUCAAGACAUUUACCGCAUCCUGAAAUCAUGCAAAAGUUCGCUCGACAGGUUGUAUGCGGAGCUGCCAGAGCUGGCAAAAGACCCGGGGCCGCUUGACAAAGCUACAGCAAGCUUUGUCAUGACUUUGAGGUCGAAUGUCAUUCGAGAUUCAGUUUCACACAUAAGCUCGUACACUCAAGUCCUUCAACUCAGUCUAACGACUCUAACACUGGGCUCAUCAUGGUCCCAACAAAAAUCCCAGGAACAGAUUCACAAAGAAAUUAGAGAGCUGACCAACGCUAUCCGGUCUGCAAAUCUUCUAUCGCGGGCUAGUAUAGGCCACAGACGUCUUUUGACUGAGUGGGACGAUGAUAUCGAAACUAGAGUCGAAGACUCUGUGUCAGUGACCAAGGAGAUUCAGGCUUGGCGGAUGUCGGCCGACGAGGUCGCAGCUGCGGUCACACUCCAAGACGCGGACCGACGCAAGUCUUUUCUGUCCUUUGGCCCUUCGUUUUCCAAAUUGUCCCUAGAUAACGACAUCGGACCAUCACCAGCGACACUCGGGGACGUCGAAUCAGAUGACUGGGAUCCCGAGCCCGAUCAUCCCGAUGGUCCAAGUAAAGACAUCUUGAGCCAUCAGUACGACGCGAACCAGGAAAUCGUCAAUCGCCUGGUGAACUGCGGCAUCUUCCUACGGGCGUCGCUGUACCAGAAGAGGGGCAUAGAGAUCCGUGAACAGCUGAGCCGCCCUGGCUACGACCUCGAGUUCAGCUUCGCAGAGCAAGCUGCUAUGAAAGAGAAACUGGCCGAUAUCAUUUUGAGAAGUGAGACAGAAGAGGGGACCCUAGAGGCGAAAACCAUACUUCAGAAGCUCUUACAAGAAGAGGUCAAGCAGCCUGAGGAGUUCAGAGAUGUAGAGAGGCGUAGCCGCCUGUAUCACGAUCUUGGAUGCCUCUACAUCAAACUUGGAAACCUCAAGCAGGCCAAGACAUUUCUCAGUCGGGCUCUUGAGGGUCGAAAGACCCAGGAUCCUAUGCCAGUCAACUUGGUACAAGAAACGGCUGACUUGUACAUCAAAGCCUUGCAACUUGACGGAGCUCUCGAUGAAGCACGAGGGGUGGAAGUCUGGGUAAACACCACCGUCAUACCCUUGACGAGUCGCCCAGCAUCACCUCCAGAGUCAGAAGACAUUCCGGGCCCCAGAAGACCGUCGUCAAUAGGAGAACUGUCUCAGGCCUUGGCCUGGUGUCGAAAAAACGGCUUCGACAUCGACACGUCGAGCGGUUUUCGGUUUGAAACUUGCGAUUUCAUAAGUCGUACAUCGCCGCUCCACAAAGCCAUUCAAGAUGAGAAUGUCGAUGUUCUGAGGCAGAUGGUAGGGCAUGUUGCCAGUCUCGAAACUGGCGGCAACCUUGGUAUCCCGACGCCGCUGCUAUUUGCGGCGUCAACGAAAAACCGCGAUAGUGUUGGCCUGCUGUUGCGAAACGGUGCUCGAGCCGACGUCCGUGACAGCACCGGGAUGAGUCCACUACAUCGGUGCCAAAGCAAUUCGGGGGGUGUCAACGUGGCUAAGCUCCUACUCAACAAUACUCCUAUUUUGCUGGACGGCAUCGACAACUCGGGCAAGACGGCUCUAUUCAUGGCUUGCGAGAUGGGGAACGAGAAGAUGGUUCGUUUUCUUUUAGAAGAGGGAGCCGACACCAACAUCUGCCAUCAGACAAGGCGAGGGCCGAUGUUGUCUCCCUACGCAAGUUACACCAACGUGUGUACCCCGUUGCUCGCCGCGAUCCAGGUUGUCGCGAGAAGCUCGCGCAAGAUUGGGAUGAUCAAGGACCUGCUAUCCCACAGAGCGGACCCUCGCCUCACUGAUGCCAAUGGCACAAACGCUAUUCAAGCAGCCAACAACGCUGGGUUGGCUGGAUCCGAGAUCAAGCGGCUCCUGCAGGAGCAUGGGUCGGCAUUUCCUCCACUGUCUAGUGAUGCGUCUUCGUCGACAACCAUUUUUACCAGAUCCUCAACUUCAAGUGACAAUGGCCCGCAUCCAUCGGGCCGGCGGAGUAAUCUCAUGAGAUUUUGGAGUAAGUCGGAGUCGUCCCAUUCGGGGAUCGAGUCCGCUGCAGAGGAGGGAGUAAAUGAGUAA